UAAUUAUUAUUAAGCAAAGUAAAUAUAAAAGCAAAAGAAAAUAAAGCGAUGCACAGUUGCUUCUUAUGACUUAGACCAACACCUCCCAAAGAUUCAGCGCAUUUUUCACUCUCUACUCUUCGUUGCAGAAUAAAUGUAUAAAAGUGGCUUCCUCGAGGACCAGUCUCUAUGGAGGUGGUGAUGCACUUUGUGGUAAUGCAUUGGAACCUCUGGUGCUGCAUUCUUUUAGGAUAUCUUCAUGUAUCUUGUAUUUCUCUUAGUUCAGGACAUCACUUGAAUACGAGUACUGGCUUAGAAAACUGGCUGGGUUAUUCUGGGUCACUUGUGGGAGUUGGUUCUCAACUCCAUGAUUCUGCAUUUGUUGAAACAUCAACUUCAUCAUUCCUAUUGAAUGAGUCAGUUUCUUGUGAGGACUUGGAAGGUGUAGGAUCUUUUAAUACCACGUGCUUGCUAAGCUCAACUCAUUAUUUAAAAUCUGAUAUUCACAUUUAUGGUGUUGGAAACCUGGAGAUACUCUCUGAUGUUUCACUCUUAUGUCCCGUGGAAGGGUGCAUGAUAACAGUCAAUGUGUCUGGCAACAUUAAGCUUGGUCAAAAUGCAUCUAUUGUUGCUGGUUCUGUGGUUCUAUCUGCAGCCAAUCUGACAAUGGGAUACAAUUCUUAUAUAGACUCAUCAUCUUUGGGUGGAUCACCACCUUCCCAAACUAGUGGCACACCUGUUGGCAACGAUGGAGCUGGUGGAGGGCAUGGUGGGCGUGGUGCAUCAUGUUUAAAAAAUAACAAGACAAACUGGGGUGGUGAUGUUUAUGCUUGGUCUACAUUGUCUGAACCAUGGAGUUAUGGGAGCAAGGGUGGUGGAAAAUCUACUAUCAAGAAAUACGGAGGGAAUGGUGGGGGGCGUGUUAAGCUUCUAGUGAAGGACACUUUAUAUGUAAAUGGAUCAAUUACUGCAGAAGGAGGAGAUGGAGGGUCUGAUGGCGGAGGUGGUUCUGGUGGAAGUAUAUUGGUUCAUGCUUUAAAGCUGAAGGGAUAUGGUACCAUCAGUGCUGCUGGUGGGACAGGAUGGGGUGGAGGAGGUGGAGGAAGAAUAUCACUUGAUUGUUACAGCAUACAAGAAGAUUUAAACAUUACUGUUCACGGAGGUUUGAGUAUUGGCUGUCCUGGAAAUUCUGGAGCAGCUGGCACAUAUUUCAAUGCACAUUUACUAAGUUUGAAAGUUAGCAAUGACAAUGUCACAACAGAAACAGAGACUCCUUUGCUUGACUUCUCAACCAGCCCUUUAUGGUCAAAUGUUUAUGUGGAAAAUAAUGCAAAAGUUUUGGUUCCGCUUGUGUGGUCGAGAGUUCAGGUAAGAGGCCAAAUUAGUGUAUACAGUGGAGGAAGCUUAAUCUUUGGUUUGUCUGACUAUCCAAUUUCUGAGUUUGAGCUUGUUGCAGAAGAGCUUUUAUUGAGUGAUUCUAUCAUAAAGGUUUUUGGUGCAUUUAGAGUUUCUGUUAAAAUGUUACUCAUGUGGAACUCCACAAUCCAAAUUGAUGGUGGUGAAAGUACUGUUGUGACUGCUUCAGUACUUGAAGUGAGAAAUCUGGCUGUUUUAAGGCAAAAUUCUGUCAUUAGUUCAAAUACAAACCUGGCUUUAUAUGGUCAAGGACUGCUACAAUUGACUGGUGAUGGUGAUGCAAUCAAAGGCCAGAGAAUAUCUUUGUCUCUCUUCUAUAAUGUAACUGUUGGUCCAGGUUCUUUACUUCAAGCUCCUUUGGAUGAUGAUGCUAGUAGAGGCACGGUGACAAAACAUCUCUGUGACACACAGAGAUGCCCAAUAGAUUUGAUAACUCCACCUGAUGAUUGUCAUGUCAAUUAUACUCUCUCCUUCUCACUUCAAAUUUGUCGUGUUGAGGAUCUUCUUGUAAAUGGCAUUAUGAAGGGAAGCAUAAUUCAUAUUCACAGGGCAAGAACUGUGAUUAUCGAUACUGAUGGUAUUAUUACUGCAUCUGAAUUAGGUUGCACUGAAGGUAUUGGUAAGGGAAACUUUUUUAAUGGAGCUGGUGGUGGUGCUGGACAUGGUGGAAAAGGAGGAUCUGGAUAUUUCAAUGGGAGAGAGAGUGUUGGUGGUAGUGAAUAUGGAAAUGCUAUUCUUCCAUGUGAAUUGGGUAGUGGAACUGAUGGCCCUAAUGAGUCAUAUGGGCAUGUUGUUGGAGGCGGGAUGAUUGUGAUGGGAUCCAUUCAGUGGCCACUUUUGAGACUUGACCUUUAUGGAUCCUUGAGGGCUGAUGGUGAAAGCUUUAACCAAUCAAUAGCAAGCAGUGAUGGUUCUUUGGUUGGGGGUCUUGGUGGAGGUUCUGGUGGAACAGUCCUUCUUUUCCUUCAAGAACUUAGGCUCUUGGAGAAUUCAUCCUUGUCUGUUGUUGGGGGCAAUGGUGGCCCUGUUGGUGGUGGUGGUGGAGGUGGAGGUCGAAUUCAUUUCCAUUGGUCAAAAAUUGGUAUGGAGGAAGAAUAUGUUCCUGUUGCAAGUGUUAGUGGAACCAUGAAUAACAGUGGAGGUGCUGGGGACAAUAAUGGCCAUCAUGGACAGGAGGGCACCAUAACUGGGAAAGCAUGCCCUAAAGGCCUUUAUGGAAUUUUCUGCGAGGAAUGUCCUAUUGGUACUUACAAAGAUGUUGAUGGUUCUGAUGAACAUCUUUGCAUUCCUUGUCCUCUUGAUCUUCUUCCAAAUCGUGCAAAUUUCAUAUAUAAACGAGGGGGUGUUACAAGACGGUCUUGUCCAUAUCAAUGUAUAUCAGACAAAUAUCGAAUGCCCAAUUGUUAUACACCUCUAGAGGAGCUCAUUUAUACAUUUGGUGGUCCCUGGCCAUUUUCAGUAGUAUUGUCAUUCAUUUUAUUGCUUUUGGCUGUCCUAAUUAGUACUUUAAGAAUCAAAUUGAUCGGCUCUGGUUCAUAUCACAGUUCAAGUUCAAUUGAACACCAUAAUCAUCACCGUUUUCCGUAUCUUCUUUCGCUUUCUGAGGUCCGUGGAGCUAGAGCUGAAGAGACUCAAAGCCAUGUACAUAGAAUGUACUUUAUGGGUCCUAAUACUUUUAGAGAGCCCUGGCAUCUUCCUUACUCACCUCCCCAUGCUAUAAUUGAAAUUGUGUAUGAGGAUGCUUUUAAUAGAUUUAUUGAUGAAAUCAACUCAGUCGCUGCAUAUGAUUGGUGGGAGGGAUCAGUGCACAGUAUACUUUCAGUUGUUGCAUAUCCUUGUGCUUGGUCCUGGAAGCAUUGGCGGCGGAGGGUCAAAAUUAGCCGCCUUCAGGAAUAUGUCAAGUCUGAAUAUGACCAUUCUUGUCUACGCUCCUGUCGGUCACGUGCUUUGUACAAAGGGAUGAAGGUUGGGGCAACUCCAGAUUUAAUGGUAGCAUACAUUGAUUUUUUCCUUGGUGGUGAUGAGAAGCGAUUAGACAUUGUAUCAAUUAUACAGAAGAGAUUUCCCAUGUGCAUAAUUUUUGGUGGGGAUGGGAGUUACAUGGCACCUUAUAAUCUUCACAAUGAUACACUGUUGACCAACCUCCUUGGUCAGCAUGUCCCAGCAACUGUUUGGAAUCGUUUGGUAGCUGGACUGAAUGCUCAGUUACGGACAGUGAGGCAUGGGUCAAUUCGUACUGCACUUGGUCCUGUUGUUGUUUGGAUAAAUAGCCAUGCAAACCCACAACUUGAGUUCCAUGGAGUUAAAAUUGAGCUUGGAUGGUUCCAAGCAACAGCUUCUGGUUACUAUCAGCUUGGAAUCGUGGUAGCAGUUGGGGAUUAUUCACUUCUUGAGUUGCACCAGUCUGAUACUUGGGCAGGUGCUGAUGAAGUUAUGAGGAAAAACGUGGCACAUGGAAGAAAAAAUCUUAAGCAGCUGCAGCAUAGUUGGCCAUACAUGAGCAAUUCAUUAUCUCUUAAAAGGAUAACUGGAGGAAUUAAUGGUGGCCUAAUAAAUGAUGCUACCUUGAAAUCAUUGGACUUUAAAAGGGACUUUCUAUUCCCACUUUCUCUGCUCUUGUGCAACACUAGACCUGUUGGUCGUCAGGAUACUGUACAGUUGCUGAUUACUUUGAUGCUUUUAGCAGAUCUCUCUGUCACUCUUCUCAUGUUGCUUCAGUUCUACUGGAUAUCUCUUGCAGCUUUUCUUUCAGUUCUUCUAAUUCUUCCUCUUUCUCUACUUUCUCCAUUUCCAGCCGGUCUGAAUGCAUUAUUCAGUAAAGAACCUAGAAAAGCUUCACUUUCUCGAGUAUAUGCACUGUGGAAUGCUACUUCUUUAUCUAAUAUUGGAGUGGCUUUUAUUUGUUGUCUCCUUCAUUAUGCAUUAUCCCACUUUCACCACCCUGACGAGACAAGUACACGUAAUAUAAAGAGGGAAGAUGAUAAAUGCUGGCUUUUGCCUAUUAUCCUUUUUCUAUUCAAGUCGGUACAGGCCCGUUUUGUGAAUUGGCACAUAGCGAAUUUAGAAAUUCAAGAUUUUUCUCUAUUUUGUCCGGAUCCAGAUGCUUUUUGGGCUCAUGAAUCUGGUUUAUGACAGAAGCAUUUUAAUGUGAACCUGGAAUGGAUGUUAAAUUUUUGAUAAAUCCAACAGUUCAAAAGGAUGCUUCAUUUCAGCGUGGUUCAGGCAACACCAGCCUUGCCUUGCCCUGUGAAUAUAUUCAGAGAUGUACAGGAGAAUGAAGUACAGUACAGUAUUGCACCUUUUUGACUUCUUUGUAAAAAAAUAUCUAGUGGUUCAAGUUUUUUUUUUUUAAAUUUUAAUUUAAAUAUUUCUCAGGACGCUUUCACACGAUCAAUAGUAAUACCACUGAUGCUUCACUACUUCCUUCUUA